CGAGGAAGUCAACCGGGAGACCGGUUCUGAGUUGACGCAUGCGUGUUGAGUCCUGACUCUUCAGCAUGGGUUCCUCGCUCCCUGUUUUGUCUCUGCUGUGGCUCCUGUCCAGUCCCAGGCUUCAGCUAGGAAAUGCUCAGGCUCCAGCCAUGGUGCAACUGCCAGAUGGGCGAUUUUUGAUGGGGACAGAUGCUCCAGAUGGCAGAGAUGGUGAAGGGCCUACCCGGGAAGUGACAGUAAAAUCCUUUUCCAUUGAUGUAUUUCCAGUCACCAAUAAAGAUUUCAGGGAGUUUGUCCGGGAUAAAAAAUACCAGACUGAGGCUGAAACAUUCGGGUGGAGCUUCGUCUUUGAGGAUUUUGUCUCCCCUGAGCUUAGAAGUCAAGCAAAUCAAAUGCCGUCUCUUCUCUGGUGGCUACCAGUGCAAAAGGCAUUUUGGAGGCAGCCUGCAGGUCCUGGCUCCGGCAUCCGAGAGAAACUGGAACUUCCGGUGGUACAUGUGAGCUGGAACGAUGCUGGCGCUUACUGCGCAUGGCGGGGAAAGCGAUUGCCCACAGAAGAAGAAUGGGAGUUUGCGGCCCGAGGGGGCUUGAAGGGUCAGGUUUAUCCUUGGGGGAACCGGUUCCAGCCAAACCGCACCAAUUUGUGGCAGGGAAAGUUCCCCAAGGGUGACAGAGCUGAAGACGGUUUUCAUGGACUGUCACCGGUGAAUGCUUUCCCCCCACAGAACAACUAUGGACUAUAUGAUCUCAUGGGCAAUGUGUGGGAAUGGACGGCGUCCACAUACCAGUCUGCUGGCCAGGACAUGCGUGUCCUCCGGGGGGCAUCAUGGAUUGACACAGCUGACGGCUCUGCCAAUCACCGGGCUCGGGUCACCACCAGGAUGGGCAACACUCCAGAUUCAGCCUCAGACAACCUGGGCUUCCGCUGCGCUUCCAGCACAGGGCGACUGAAGGAGGAUCUGUGAGCAUCCAGACAGGGAUAGAGAAAGCCCACCCUCAGUACUGUGUCUCCCUGACCACGUACCAGAGGCAUCUGGAUAGCAAGUUCUUCAUCAGCCUUUGGGUGACCUCCGUUUGAGCCCUUUCUGUCCGGCAGAUGCUUCCCAAGGGCAUAAGAACACAACCCCAAGAGGAGGCUGCCAUAUCCUGGGAGAGGAGGGCCUGGGUGACCAUGGCUGGGAGCUGGGUGUUUCUCUAAAGUGCAGUAUUAAGGACAAAGGAGCCAAGCACUCGUUCUCCAAAAGACAGUGAUCGAAAAAUCUCUCCCUUUUAGCCAGGUGGUGGUGGCACACACCUUUAAUCCCUGCACUCGGGAUGUAGAGGCAGGUGGAUCUCUGAGUUCGAGACUAGCCUGGCCUAUAGAGUGAGUUCCAGGACAGCCAAGGCUACACAGAGAGACCCUGCCUCAGCAAACUAAAUCUCUUCCUUUUCUUUCUCCCUGUCUGAUUGAGCUUUCACUUCUCCUGGGAAAUCCUGUAGAAGGAAAAUGCUUCUCUUAUAUGAUGGUGCCUAAAACCCCUCUGAGGGACCCCAGGCUCCCUGUCUGUUAUUUGAAACAGGAUGCUCACCAUGCGGCCAGGUGGGCCUCACUCUCAGUCCUCUGGCCUCAGCUUCCUGGGUGCUGGGGUUAUACAUAGUGCACAAUAUUAAAAUACUCUGGUAGAGCAAUAAUGUGCCAGGUGAAGCUGUGCAUUGUGGGAGUAACAAGGUUGGUGCUCCUCUAGGAAGACAAAUGUCAGAAGCUUUCCCUCUGAGUGUUAAUCAUAUAGGGGCUUCUGCAAACAUGUCCCUGGAGAAGAACUGGAUCCCCUGAGGUCAAUAAACUCUGCA